UCCCCGGGCAGCCCCCGCCCCUCACAGCGCGGCCCCCGCGCUCCUCACGGGGCGGGCGGCGCCGGGGCGGGGAAGGACCCCGUGGUGUGGGGCGGCGCGAGGCGUUCCCCGCGGGAAUGCUCGGCCGAGCGUCCGUGAGGGUCCGCGGGAACUGCCGGCAUGUCGGGACCGCGCUGCCCGCAGUGCGCCCAGCCCUGCGUGUCGCCGCGGCUGCUGCCCUGCCUGCACUCGCUGUGCGAGCCCUGCCUGCGGCGCCUCGGGCCUCCGGAGGGGCCGCCGGACGCCGCCCGCCCCGUCCUGUGCCCGGUGUGCGACGCCGAGCUGUCGCUGCCGGCCGGCGGCGUGGGGCAGCUCCCUCCCGACUGCCUGGCCCGGAGCCGCGGCCGGGCCGCAGCCGGGUGCGACCUCUGCGCCGACGGGGCGGCGGCCGGGCGGUGCCUGACCUGCGGCCUCCGCCUCUGCCGCUUCUGCUGCCGGGCGCACAGGAGACAGAAGAAAACGGCCUCCCAUGCUGUGACAGAGCUGGAGAACACCAAGGAUUUCAACCAGGCCGGGAAGCCUCUCCUGUGCCCCUCCCAUCCCACAGAGGAGCUGCAGCUGUUCUGCGAGCAGUGCGACCAGCCCGUGUGCCGGGACUGCGUUCUGGGCAGACACCGUCAGCACGCCUGUGACUUCAGCAGCAAUGUCAUCCACAGGCACGGGGACGCCCUGCGGGAGCUGCUGAAGAGCAGCCAGCAGCACAUGGACACCCUGGAGGAUGUGCUGAGCCAGGUGGAUGAGAUGGGCAGCGCUGUCCGCAGUCGCGCAGAGGCUGUGGCCGCAGAGAUCUGCCUGUUUGCCAGGGGCUACGUGAAAGCGAUUGAAGAGCACCGGGACCGGCUGCUGAAGCAGCUGGAGGACUUGAAGGUGCAGAAGGAAAACCUGCUGCACUUGCAGAAGGCCCAGCUGCAGCAGCUGCUGCUGGACAUGAGGACAGGCGUGGAGUUCACAGAGCACUUGCUGAUGAAUGGCUCAGAUGUGGAGAUCCUCAUCUCCAAAGGGGUGGUGUCCAGCCGUCUGACAAAGCUCAACGGCAUUGCUUACAGCACCCAGCCCAGUGUGGAUGACAGGAUCCAGUUCUCCCCCCACGAGAGGGCAGGGCAGUGUUGCGGCUAUGAAGUUUUUGGGGCCAUUCUCAAUAAAGUGGUUGAUCCAGCCCGAUGUACCCUGCUUGGGGAAGAUCUCCACAGUGCCCGUCAGAACCAGCUGAGUGGCUUUACCCUGCUGUGCAAGGACACUACAGGGGAGCGCAUGGGGCGGGGAGGAGAGGCUGUGCGGGUCACCAUCACCCACAAGGACAAGAGGGACUGUGCAGUCAAGCCAACAGUGUGUGAUAAUGGUGAUGGGACCUACUGUAUUUCCUACAGCCCUGAGGAGCCAGGCUUGUAUGCUGUCUGCGUCUGUGUGAAAGGGCAACAUGUGCAGGGCUCUCCCUUCACUCUGAUGGUGAAGCACAAGUUCCGUGAGCACCAGGGGGUGUUUCACUGCUGCACGUUCUGCUCCAGCGGAGGCCAGAAAGCCGCUCGCUGUGCCUGUGGUGGGACCAUGCCAGACACAAGCAGCUGGCAUGGAGUUCUGGAUGCCCAUGUAUUGCUUUGUUCAAUAGGCAAGGGGACAAAAAGCAUCAGCUUUCCCCAGCUGUUGAGUGGGUACCAAGGCUGUGGCCACGGACACAAAGGUCACCCUGGCUGCCACCACUGGUCAUGCUGUGGACAAGUGAAGGAGAGCUCAGAGUGUUUGUGGGGACCACCCAGCGACACCUCACAGAGGAGUUUGCUCAGGACAGUGGCACUCUGAGCAGCCAGGUGAGCUCCUGGGAGUCCAGAGCACUGCUGCUGGCUGCUCCAGGAGCACAAAUGAUCCAUGAGGAUUCAUAUGAUCGAUCCCUGCACAGCCUUGCUGCCAGCAAACAGCUGGGUGUAAGUUAAAAGAGGGGGGAUGAGGGAAAAUAAAAACUGUG